CCCAUUUAAUGAUAAUUGCUGAACUAAUUUACGUAGAUUUGACAAAAAAUAGUAGAGUACUAUUAGAUGAUAUAUCUUUAAGGUGAUCUAGCGUGGAUUUGUAGUAAAAUUUAUUUUCUUUGGAACUAUUUCAUAGCGCAUACAAGUGUUCCGGAAGCAGGAAGCAGCACUGCCACCAUAACUAGGUCAGUGUGAUGGAAAUAUAGGUAAAACAGUAAUGGAUGCAAAAGACUCGGCGGCAUGUCUCUUGUUAGUUUUUAUGUUUUUAUGUUACUCAAACAGCAUACCAAACUCAAGAAAAUUUUGGGAAUUCCCGAGGGAUCGCUAUAGCUACUUUUCUGAGAAAGAAAGACUUGAGAUGCGAGACAAGGCCAAACAGAUGUUCUAUUUUGGCUACGAUAACUACAUGAAAUACGCGUUCCCAGAGGAUGAGUUAAAUCCUGUGUUUUGUACGGGACGCGGUCCUGAUCACGACAAUCCUUCAAACAUCAAUAUUAACGACAUAUUGGGAGACUUCUCUCUUACACUUAUUGAUGCACUGGAUACUUUGGCAGUAAUGGGCAAUUCCUCGGAGUUCAAAAGAGCAGUGCAGUUGGUGGUAGACAAUGUGUCCUUCGAGAAAAAUACCACAGUGCAGGUGUUUGAGGCGACAAUAAGGGUGAUCGGAGGUCUUCUAUCAGCCCAUCUAAUUAUCACUGAUGUAGAGCAGCCUUAUGGUGACAUGCGCAUUCCAGACUAUGACAAUGAACUGUUGAGUUUAGCACAUAAUUUAGCUGCCAGAUUACUACCGGCCUUUGAAGGGACAGCCACAGGGAUCCCAUAUCCCAGGGUCAACCUGAAGACAGGUGUCCCUGUGGCCUGCAGUAAUGAGACAUGCACUGCGGGGGCAGGUACCCUGCUGGUGGAGUUUGGAGUUCUUAGUAUCUUAUUAGAAGACCCUACUUAUGAAGCUGCUGCACGCAGGGCGCUGAAAGCAAUCUGGGGGUUCAGGUCUAAUGUUACUGGUUUAUUGGGUAAUGUAAUCAACAUCCAGACUGGACAGUGGCCAGGCUACAUGAGUGGCGUGGGGGCAGGACUUGACUCUUUCUUUGAAUAUUUACUCAAAGCCUUUAUUCUGUUUGGAGAUGAAAAUGCUCAGAUGAUGUUUAAUGAAUCUUAUGAAAGCAUCAAGUACCAUAUCAGGAGAGGUCGACCAAACUGCAACAAGGGCUCAGGUUUCCACCCACUGUAUAUGAAUGUGAACAUGAAGAAUGGUGAAACCCUGAACAACUGGGUGGACUCCCUGUCAGCAGCCUGGGCCGGGAUUCAGGUGUUAGCUGGGGAUAUCGAGGAGGCCAUAUGCAGCCAUGCAGUCUACUAUUCUAUAUGGAGGAAAUAUGGAAUCCUACCAGAAAGAUACAACUGGCAUUUAAAAGUGCCAGAGCUGAAUUUUUAUCCUCUCAGACCAGAGUUGGUUGAAUCUACGUAUCUUUUAUAUCAGGCAACUAAAAACCCUUUUUACCUCCAUGUUGGAAAGGAUAUAUUAGAGAACAUUGAUAAAUAUGCAAAAGCAGAAUGUGGCUAUGCAACAAUUCAUGAUGUUACAAAGAUGGACCUGGAGGACAGAAUGGAAAGUUUUUUCCUCAGUGAAACUUGUAAAUAUUUAUAUCUUCUUUUUGACAAAGAUCACCAUUUAAACAAAGAGGCAGCCAGUUAUAUUUUUACAACAGAGGGACAUAUAUUACCAAUAAGCCCCAGGUGGAGAGAGAAACCCUGGGAGGAAUAUUUAGAAAAUGACAUACAGGAUGUGUCAUCUGACAGUGAAAAAAGCGUUUUAGAUGUGCGGAAAAAUAAUAUGACCAAUUGUGACAGGAUUCCAGAUGAGAGGAGGUAUUUCCUACCACUGGAGACCAGAUAUCUACAACAAGUAGAGGCUAGUAUAGGCUUGACUGUAACCUGACCACUGGGGACUUAGAUGAGUUGUGCAGAAAUAAUCCCUAGUCAACAGAUUCAGCUAGGAGUUACCUACCAGAGCAUAAGAUCUGCCUUGAAGUUUAAAAAUGCCAUAUUUUAUCUAACUUAAACAUCUUUUUUAAAUUCAGACUUGUCACAGACACUGCAGUUGUCCACGUCACCCUUAUGUCUACAACAUUACCUUCAGCAGUGUUUUUAUCAUGUCAUACUCUACAUAUAUUAUGCAUCCUGACUAUACCAAAGGUUUCCUUCGAAGUCUGUGUUUUAACAUCCAGCAUCACCUCGUCGCCGUCAUAUCAUGACACUAAAGACAUCUCCUCACUACAAACAUUGUUUAUUGCAUAUAUUCCAUUUUCAUUCCCAUUGCAGUACACUAUAUUUAUACUCAGCUCAUUAGCACAUUCCAGUGUCACAUCCAACCUGUGUCUCACCUAUCACACUGCUGUGUACCAGCUAACCAUAACUCCUCAGUUUCAUUAUGCACUAGUACGAUUUCCUUAUUCUGUAGAGGAAUAUUACUUAUCAGCUUAACUGUUAUGGUAAGAUUUAUGUUAAGCAAUACCAGAGCUAAAUUGGAAGGUGCAAUUUUUAUUUUAAUAUAUCAUGUAAUAUAUACAAUGUUGGCUUGCUUACCAUGUUACUACCCUCAGAUGUAACAGAUGGUGUUCUACCAAGCAUAUUUCUGCUGCCAUAUGGGCCUCUUCCCACAUGACCUUUUUUGACAAAAAAAA